GUCCUGUCAGUCUCUGAGGACUGCAGCGGGAAGAAGGGUCAGAGUUCACAGCUUUCUGACCGCCGAGCGUGGGGUUCACCUCUGAGAAUGGCUGGAGUCCCGAUGGAGACCGAGGAGCACCGAGGAGAGCCUGCAGAACCCUGCUGUCUGUCUGCGUGGAGCAGAUGUUCUCAAGAAGAACCUCCAUACUUCAGGAAAGAACCCGAACCCUCAGACGCAAAAGGUCAGAGGUUACUGUCUCUGGUGUCCUGCUGUCUGUCUGUGAGGAGUGACUGGUCUAAAGAAGAACCUCCAUAUUUCAGAGGUGAACCUGGACCCUCAGACAAAACAGAGAGGAAGAGGAGCGGGGUCUGUGUGGAGGAGCGGCCGUCCUGCUGUGCUUCCUGUCAGGACGUCCUGAAGGAUCUGGUCUCUACCAGCUGUGGACGCUGGUUCUGCAGACAGUGCAUCUCCUCAUACUGGGACCAGUCUGCUUCAUCAGGAGACUCCUCCUGUCCCCAGUGUGGACAAAGAUCCAGAACCAGAGCUGGACUGCAGACAGCCAGUCAGAGCAGCUGUGGACAAACAGAUCCUGGUCUGCAGGAGGUUUUAGAGGAACAUAAGAUCAGUCUGAGGAGGAGAUGUGAAUGUGUGACUGAAGGAAGUGAUCAAACAGGAAGUGGAACCCUCCUGAACAGGAUCUACACUGAGCUCUACAUCACAGAGGGACAGAGUGAAGAGGUUCAUACCCAACAUGAGGUGAGGCAGCUGGAGACAGCUUCCAAGAUGGACGCCCUCCAUGACAGACCAAUCAGGUGCCACGACAUCUUUAAAGCCUUCCCGGACCAACAGAGACCCAUCAGAGUGGUUCUGACCAACGGCGUCGCUGGCGUUGGAAAAACCUUCUCAGUGCAGAAGUUCAGUCUGGACUGGGCAGAGGGCUUGGAGAACCAACAUGUCAGUGUGGUGAUUCUGCUUUCAUUCAGGGAGCUGAACCUGAUCAGAGAUCAGCAGUACAGUCUUCUGGAGCUGCUCCAUGUUUUCCAUCCAACAUUACAGAAGGUCCCAGCAGAGAAGCUCGCUGUCUGGAAGCUUCUGUUCAUCUUUGACGGCCUGGAUGAAAGCAGACUUUCAUUGGAUUUCACCAACAGGAAGCUCGUGUCUGAUGUCACACAGAAGUCAUCAGUCAGCGAGCUGCUGACAAACCUCAUCGAGGGGAAUCUGCUUCCCUCGGCUCUCGUCUGGAUAACUUCCCGACCUGCAGCAGCCAAUCAGAUCCCUCCUAGAUGUGUGGACAGGCUGACAGAAGUACGAGGCUUCACUGACGCCCAGAAGGAGGAGUACUUCAGGAGGAGAUUCAGUGAUGAAGAGCUGUCCAGCAGAAUCAUCUCCCACAUGAAGACAUCCAGGAUCCUCCACAUCAUGUGCAGAAUCCCAGUCUUCUGCUGGAUUACUGCUACAGUUCUGAAGCACAUGUUGACUACAGAGCAGAGAGGAGAGCUGCCCAAGACCCUGACUGACAUGUACUCACACUUCCUGCUGGUUCAGACAAAGAGGAAGAAGAACAAGUACCAUGAGGGACAUGAGACGAGUCCACAGGAGCUGACGGAGGCUGACAGGGAAGUUCUUCUGAAGCUGGGGAGGCUGGCGUUUGAACAUCUGAAGAAAGGAAACAUCAUGUUCUACCAAGAAGACCUGGAGCAGUGUGGUCUGGAUGUGACAGAGGCCUCGGUGUACUCAGGAGUUUGUACAGAGAUCUUCAGAAGAGAGUGUGUGAUCUUCCAGAAACCAGUCUACAGCUUUGUUCAUCUGAGCAUUCAGGAGUUUCUGGCUGCAGUCUACAUGUUCCACUGUUACACCAGCAGGAAGACAGAGGUUCUGAGGGAUUUUCUGGAUAUCUGGCAUAAUGUCCCAUCACCUCACGAGCUUCUGUCCAAAACCAUGGAGAAAUCCCUCCAGAGUAAAACUGGCCACCUGGACCUGUUUGUUCGCUUCCUUCAUGGCCUCUCUCUGGAGUCCAACCAGAGACUCUUAGGAGGUCUUCUGGGUCAGACAGAGAACAGUCCAGAAACCAUCCAGAGAGUCAUCAAGAACCUGAAGGAGAUGAACAGUGAUAAAAUCUCUCCUGACAGAAGUAUCAACAUCUUCCACUGUCUGAUGGAGAUGAACGACCUCUCAGUACAUCAGGCGAUCCAAGAGUUCCUGAAGUCAGAGAACAGAUCAGAGAAGAAACUCUCUGAGAUCCACUGCUCAGCUCUGGCCUACAUGCUGCAGAUGUCAGAGGAGGUUCUGGAUGAGUUUGACCUGGAGAAGUACAAAACAUCAGAUGAGGGACGACUGAGACUGAUUCCAGCUGUGAGGAACUGCAGAAAGGCUCGACUCACUAACUGUGGACUCUCAGCAACUCACUGUGAAGUUGUGGCCUCAGCUCUGAAGUCCAACCCCUCCCAUCUGACACAGCUGGACAUGAGUUACAACAACCUGCACGAUUCAGGCACAAAGCUGUAUCCAGGACUGGAGAGUCCAAACUGUCGACUGAAGAUUCUCAGACUUACUGGCUGUAACCUGUCAGAGACCAGCUGUGCUUAUUUGGCCUCAGCUUUGAAGUCUAACCCGUCCCAGUUGAGAGAGCUGCACCUGAAUGGAAAUGACCAACAGAAAUCAGAUAUAAAGUACCUGUGUGGUUAUCUGGAGAGCCCUCACUGUAAGCUGGAGACUCUGAGGUUAGAUUCCUGCAGUUUAUCACCAGUCAGCUGCGCUUCUCUGGUCUCAGCUCUGAAGUCCAACCCUUUGCAUCUAAGACAGCUGGACCUGAGCUAUAACUUGAACCUAGCGGAUUCAGGAGUGGAAAGCCUGUGUGGUUUUCUGGAGGGUCCACACUGUUACCUGGAGACUCUGAGGAUUGCUCUCUGCAGUUUGUCACAGAUCAGCUGUGAUUAUCUGGCCUCAGCUCUGAAGUCCAACUCCUCCCACCUGAAACAUCUGGAUUUGAGUCACAAUACUAUAGAAGAUGCAGGAGUGAAGCAUCUGUGUGGUUUUCUGGAGAGUCCACGAUGUGUUCUUGAAACUCUGAGUUUAAAGUCCUGCAGCUUGUCACACAUGAGCUGUGCUUCUCUGGCUUCAGCUCUGAAGUCCAACCCCUCCCAUCUGGAAGAGCUGGAGCUGCAGUACAACAAGCUGCAGGAUUCAGAUGUGAAGCAGCUGACUGAUCUUAUGGAGAGUCCACACUUUAGACUGAUGUCUGUUCUGCUCUGACUGAGAUCUUCUACAGCAGCACCUCUUUCUUGUGGCGUGCCUGAAGGGUCCACUGUGGGCACAGUUCCUUUUUAAUUGCAUCUAUUUUUAGCAAACAUAUUUUUCCACUGCUUUGCCUUUGGCAUCCAGGUGUAUUUGACCAUCACACUGAACAGCAGAGGUCAUGGGAGCCUCUGCUGAACUGUGUCAUUAAGUCCUGGAUGAGGAUCGAUUUCCUAAAUCCUGAAGAAAGUAAGAGUGAGAUCAUAUGAUUUGGUAAAUGUGGGUGUGGGUUUUUUAAAAUGGAUCAGUGAAUAAGGGUCAUCACUAGAAUUAGUUUUUAUCAGCUCAGGGCUUUGAUGACUCCACCUCCUGCAAAAGGACCUGAAAAAGUUAUUCCUGCUUUUAUCAGUAUCCCGGUCCUUUCAGCCCUUCAUUGGCUUCCUGCCUGCUUUAGAAUUAAUAUUGCUUCCUUUUUAGCUUUAAACAGACUAGCACCUUCAUAUCAGAACUACAUUUAAAUUUGGAUUAAAACACAUUUAUUCUCUGUGGUAUUUGGCUGCAGUGUUUUAGAUGAUUGCACUUUAUGAUCUGUUUGUAUUUUCUUAUUUUGUUGUCUUUUAAUGUUGAUGUCAGUUUUUCUGGAUUU